AUGGCACCCGCAAUUCUCCAACUCGAAGCUGAUGCUUCGUCACAAAAUUAUGUUGCUGCAAAGCAGCUCGCCCAGUCCGAUAGCCCCUCCCUUCUUCACCGGUCUUUACUAGAGAAGCCUCACAGGGUGACCAGGGCCAGUGGAAGUUAUCUCUACCUCGAAGAUGGUAGGAAAAUACUGGAUGCGUGCGGAGGUGCCGCGGUUGCCAUCAUCGGCCAUGGAAACGCUGAAGUUGCACAGGCAGCUCUAGAUCAGAUGCGCCAGGUCAGCUAUGUGCACACACUCUCUUAUACGACUGACUCGGCUGAAAACCUCGCCCGAAGCGUCCUGAAACCUGAUGACUCGGGUUUUGACCACGGGUUGGUGAAGGCAUUUUUCGUGGGAAGUGGAAGCGAGGCCAACGACGCGGCAAUGAAAUGUGCCCGGCAGUACUGGUAUGAGAAAGGACAAACACAGCGCCGUUAUUUCGUGUCCAGGCUACAAGGCUAUCAUGGCAAUACGAUAGGCGCCAUGUCAGUUUCGACGAUGGUCGGACGCAAGAUUCCCUACCAAGAUAUUUUACUUCCUCAUGUUUCCCAUGUGAGCGCAGCAGAUGCUUACCAUGGCUUGAAGGAUGGAGAGACAGAAGAGGAGUUCACUCAACGCCUUAUCUCAGAGAUCGAUGCAGAAUUUUUGAGGCUAGGACCGGAGAACAUUAUCUCAUUCAUGGCGGAGACUGUUGUUGGAGCUGCGUCAGGCACGAUGACGGCUCCAAAAGGUUACUGGUCGGCCGUACGAGACUUAUGCAGCCAGUAUGGAAUUCUUCUUCAUCUGGAUGAGAUAAUGUGCGGAAUGGGCCGUACUGGAACAAUGUUUGCCUUCGAGCAAGAAGGAAUUCAGCCUGACAUCGUGACUAUUGGAAAGGGCCUUGGCGGAGGUUAUUCACCCAUCGCAGCAAUGCUUAUCAACAGUACUAUUGUUGACAGUCUUCGGAAAGGGACGUCAGCGUUCAACCACGGGCAGACCUACCAAGCCCACCCUGUAUCUUGCGCUACCGCUCUCGCUGUUCAAAAUAUCUUGAGACGAGAUGGCCUUCUCGAGAGGGUGAGAUGUCUCGGUUCAAAGUUACACGACAUGCUCUCGACAACAUUUGCAGGAUGUGAUUACGUUGGCGACAUUCGGGGCCGGGGCUUGUUCUGGAGCCUUGAGUUUAUGGAAAAUAAAGCCCAAAAAAGCCCCUUCCCCAGAGAAUUCCAUUUUGGCCCUCGCGUCCAGCAGGCAGCUUUUGACAUGGGCGUAGCUAUCUACCCUGGGUCAGGUGCUAUCGAUGGUCUGAACGGUGACCAUGUAAUAUUUGCUCCACCAUACACGACCACAGAGGAGGAACUCGAAGUUGCAGUUUCCAACGUCAAAAAGGCCUACGAGGAGGUGGUUGCAUCCUACUUUAGUCUAGAGCAUGCUAUAUAA